GCGCCAAAUAGCGUGUGAAUUCCCUCACCGUGAACCCAUGAUGCACGCGAUCAGGCGCGUCAAGUACUGCAUCCGUGCGGCUCUUCCUAUUCCUGACCUGCACUCCCUCUGCAUUUUUAUCCCUCACAGCCUACUUUAAUCACCCACACUCGCCUCAACUACCAGGUAUCUCCACUGUACAACUUCUACAAUUCAAACACCUUGUCAACCAACUUCGUCUACUAUCCGUACCCCUUAUACGACCUGCACGGCGCAUCCGCCAUGGAUCCGCCCAGCAUACCGCCCUCUCCCUUGAGGCGCAAGGCUUCGGUCUCGUAUGCGUCUAGCCCGUCGAAACGCGCCCGCUCCGUCGCGAAUCCGGUCAAGGUCAGCACUGUUGACACGAUUGUCGAGUCCAUUGGCGACCUGGAAGUCUAUCUCAGCCCGAAAAGCUCGAAAGCAUGUCUCGAUGCACUUCCAGAGGAAUUGGUGGUCAAGAUAUUCAAUCGACUUGGCAAGGGUUCCCUCGCGAUAUUGAGUAGGACGAAUAAACGUUAUAAGCGAAUUGCCGACGAGAAUUUGUACGAAAUCGUCCGGACUGGAACUUUCUUGGGGCUAAGUAUGAUUGAGACCCUGGUCGACAAUUCAAAGCUGGCGGAACUUAUCAAGCAUCUCGAGUUGGAUUACUGGUCAUUUUUGAGAUCAUUUCCAACCAUGACUGCCUCGGAAGAGAAGGAGAUGGAGGACCAGUGGGAAGCGUACACCCGCCUGCUUGUAUCUGCUAUCAACGUGCGGUAUCUCUACAUUGCCUCUCAGCUGGGAGAUUACCAUCGCAUAAAUCGAAACGGUGUCGCACGAGAACACACUUGGUUAACGCCACUCCGCAUUGCUGGUCGCGGUCUCACCGCCAACCCAUCAAACUCUUUCGCGCAUCUCAAGCAUCUGUGCAUUACAGGAAACUCGGAAGUGUCAAUCGAGGAUGUUGCUCCGAUCUUUCGGUUUCCAUCAUUGACAAAGGUGGACUUAGUGCGGUUCUAUGAGCCCGCCCACAUCACCAAUUGGGAGAUUCCACAGUCCAGCUCCAGCAUCACAGAACUGAAUCUGGAUUCAAGCUUUAUCGCAAGUGCGGUCAUCGCGCAGAUGGUGUCAUCUAUCAAAGCGCUGAAGAGCUUUAGAUAUGAGUACCUCGCAGACCACUGGAGGCCGCUUGGCGCUGACGACGAUGCUCGAAGCUAUUGGGCACACGUUUCUUGGACGGACAUUGGGGACGCAUUGCGCAAGCACAAGAACUCGCUAGAGCAUCUCGAUUACCACGAAAUCGAUAUUGCUGAUUGGAACGCAGAGGUUUAUCCGGACGGGAGGAAGCCUGGAACUCUAGGCUCACUAGAAGACUAUCCUCAGCUGAAGAGCGUUAUGGUCUUGAUCGAUACGUUGCUCGACCUAGACCAUGAAGAUAUCGAGUUGGCACGAAAACUCCCUGCUAAACUCGAGCGUUUGCUACUCAGGAUCACCCCGGAGGAAGCCAAGUCUCAGCUAUACCGCGAGGCGCUCAUGUCCCUCAAGGAUGGCGCGUUCAACAGACCAAACAAGAUUCUUACGAUAAAUAUCAGCGCCGAAGUACCCGUGCGCUCACUCCGCCUUGCUGACGCUGUCGAAGCGCUAAAGCAGCUGGGUAUCAAAGUAACCAUGUAUGCACAAGUGCUAGGCGGCGAGGAGCUAAAGUUGGAUGUUUUGCGUAGAAUGGAGGCUGAUGACGACGAGGAAGAUACGGACUCGGAUCUGGAAGUAGAGGAGAAUGACGAUGAAACUGGGGACAAUGGCGAAGAGUAUGAUGAAGAGGAAGAGGAGGCUGAAGAGGCCACUUACAUGGAUCCACUGACGAGUCAAAUGUUUGCUGAAGAUCCUUUUGCGGACUCGCGACUUCGAAAGAUUUCAUGGCACGGAGGCGAGGAUACGGCGAUACAACAGCGACCAACUGUGAACUAUGGUUUGAGCACACGGAAUCUUGUAUAA